CAGAGAAAAAAAAUCUCCGUUUUACAGAAUUAUUUGUUUGUGCAUGCCUUUACAGUGUCUUCCUGUAAUAAGGCGACAGUUAAGUCUGAAAGGGGCUAUCUUAUCUUUCUGUGUUAAAAUGUUUUCUUUAGAUGCAUAGUACCCAAUUUCGUCACAGUGCAACGUCAGUUCCGGUGUGCUUAGUGCGGAGUUUGGCGAAGAAAGAUGGCGGCGCCUGAGGAGCAGGAAUUGUCUCAGGAGCAGACGGAAAAACUCUUACAGUUUCAGGAUCUCACUGGUAUAGAGUCUAUGGAGCAGUGUCGGCGUGCAAUGGAGCAGCACAAUUGGAAUAUUGAGGCAGCUGUACAGGACAGACUAAAUGAACAAGAAGGAGUACCAACUGUAUUUAGUCCUCCUCCCUCCCGCCCCUUACAAGUUAACACUGCAGACAACAGAGUUUAUAGCUACAUUGUAUCAAGACCCCAGCCCAGAGGUCUGCUAGGAUGGGGGUACUAUUUAAUAAUGCUUCCAUUCCGAUUUACAUAUUAUACACUACUGGACAUAUUCAGAUUUGCAUUAAGGUUUAUAAGGCCAGAUCCUCGUGCACGUGUUACAGAUCCAAUAGGAGAUGUUGUAUCAUUUAUUAAUAGUUUUGAAGAAAAAUAUGGUCGAUUACAUCCAGUGUUCUAUCAGGGAACAUAUAGCCAGGCAUUAAAUGAUGCCAAACGUGAGCUCAGAUUUUUGUUGGUUUAUCUUCACGGAGAUGAACAUCAGGACACUGAUGAAUUCUGUCGAAAUACAUUAUGUACAGAGGAAGUUGUCAACUUUGUCAAUACUAGAAUGCUGUUCUGGGCAUGUUCCACUGCCAAACCAGAAGGAUACAGAGUGUCCCAGGCUCUGCGAGAAAACACCUACCCUUUCCUUGCCAUGAUUAUGCUGAAAGACCGGAAGAUGACAGUUGUUGGUAGAUUAGAGGGUGUGAUUCAGUCAGAGGAUCUAAUUAAUCAGCUAACAUUUAUCAUGGAGGCCAAUCAAACAUACCUAGUAUCUGAGCGACUAGAAAGAGAGGAACGUAACCAGACGCAAGCACUCAGACAGCAGCAAGAUGAAGCAUACCAGGCUUCACUACGUGCUGAUCAAGAGAAAGACAGAAAGAAAAAGGAGCAGCAGGAGCAAAAGAGGAGAGAGGAGGAAGCAGCUCGUCAGAUUGUACUAGCUGAAGAAAGGAGACGACGGACUUUGCAAGAAGAGAAGGAACGGAAAUCUGAAUGUCUUCCACCAGAGCCAUCUAUUGACGACCCAGACACUGUCACUAUUGUCUUUAAACUCCCCAAUGAUUCACGGGUAGAGCGGAGAUUCCUGUUUACACAGUCUUUAACGGUAAUUUAUGAUUUCCUGUUCUCCCUGAAAGAAACUCCAGAGAAGUUUCAGAUAGUAACCAACUUUCCUCGCAGAAUACUUCCCUGCCUGCCUACAGAGGACCGUCCCAAUCCCCCAACGCUGAAGGAGGCUGGUCUGAGUCGGUCAGAAGUGCUCUUUGUCCAGGAUUUGUCCGAUGAUUGAUGUGAACCAAAUGGCACCUUUAUACAUGGAGAUUCCCCCCCCCAAUGACCACUGCGCACAAGGGAUCACUAAAACUGUAUUUGCUUGACAAAGCCAGGAACCUUCUCCCCACACCCACUUUAUUAUGGACAUAAGUGUAUACAUGUGAAUAACUUAACUAUAUAUUUAAAAGUAAUAAGAUUCAGGAGGAACACUGUCCUGUCCAAACUCUGAAAUAGCGUUUUUGUGCUAUUGAAGAAAUUAGCUUUUUUUUUUUGUUUUUCUUUUACAGCUGAGAAGUUGGUAUUUGAAAAGGACAAACGCGCUUUUUUAAUGUUUUUUUUUCUUUUGUUAUUCCCCAUUUAAUAUAAAUGUAUUUAUGUUACCAAAAGACCAAAGGAGAGUUGAUAAUUCUAUAACUGAGCUGUGCUGCGCUGCUUACAGUUCUUUAAACAUGAAGAUGUAUACCACAGCGUGUACCUGUGGCUCGAGCCUCUAGCAUAGUAACAGUCUGCCUAUAGUGUGCCUGUGGUAUUACAUAGAUGCCUAUUUUGCCAUUUUAAAAAUUGGAAUGGGCUUGUCAUAUUAAGAUGUAAUUUUUCCAACUAUAAAUUAAACAUUUUAAAAUUUUA